AUGCUCUCUGCUGCGAUUCGAAAUGGCGCUCGCCGCCAAGCCCCAAUGGCUACUCGGUCGUUCAGCACCACGACAAACAAGCUCGCUGCUGCCGAGGUUCGCAAGCUAGGUGUUAUCGGAGCAGGGCAGAUGGGUCUCGGUAUCGCUUUAGUAGCAGCCCAGAAAGCUCAGGUGCCCGUCACUCUGAUUGAUAACUCGGACGCUGGCCUACAAAAGGGCCUUAAGUUUGCCGAUAAAUUGCUCGAGAAAGAUGUUGCCAAGGAACGCAUCACUCGCGAGAUUGCAGACCAAGUGCGUGGUCGUCUUACCCCCAGCACCAAACUCGAAGAUCUAUCGGAUGUCGACUUUAUCAUCGAAGCCGUGCCCGAGAUUCCCGACCUGAAAACGUCGAUAUUUUCGCAACUUGCUCAAAUCGCGCCAAAACACGCCAUCUUGGCCACCAACACAUCCUCCAUCUCCAUUACAAAGAUUGCCGCCGCAACCUCCAAGGAUCCCACCGACCUCCAAGUUUCAUCCCGUGUCAUCUCAACGCAUUUUAUGAACCCCGUCCCCAUCCAAAAGGGCGUCGAGAUUAUCUCGGGCCUGCAAACUUCGCCAGAAACCCUAGAGAUCGCGCUCGAAUUUGUCAAGCGCAUGGGCAAAAUCCCCGCCGUGUCUGCCGACACACCCGGAUUUUUGGCCAACCGCAUCCUCAUGCCAUAUAUCAACGAAGCUGUCAUCUGUCUCGAGACUGGAAUCGGAAGACGCGAAGAUAUUGACACUAUCAUGAAAUACGGCACAAAUGUGCCCAUGGGUCCGUUGACGCUGGCCGAUUUCAUUGGUUUGGACACCUGCCUGGCUAUCAUGAAUGUUCUCCAUGGCGAGACCGGUGAUAGCAAGUACCGGCCUUCGGGACUGCUGAAGAAGAUGGUGGACGCCGGCUGGUUGGGUAAGAAGAGUGGCAAGGGGUUUUAUGAUUACUGA